UUAAUGAAAUUCAAAAUUCUGGUAAUAUGUUCGUAUCACCUCAACAUAGUGGAUGUCAUUCACCUUCAUUAGUAAAUAGACCGCGACGUGACCAAAGACGUAGUAGUGAACCAAAUUAUCGAGUUAUGGAAUAUGGUACAAUUGAUUCACCACCAUUACCGCGUAGUGUUUAUUCUUCACCUAUUUCUAGUGGUGGUUUCGUGUUUACUCAAGAAAGACAACCAUCACUACCUCAACUCGAUAUAACUCAAAAAUUUAAUAAUGAUCGGAGAUUAUCAACGUCCAUCACUAAUCAGAAUACUCACGCGCAUCGUAGAACUUCUACUUUGUCCAAAAUUUUACAAACCCCCGAUGAUGAUCAGAUCAAUUCCAAGAGAUUGAGAUUUGACAGGAGGGAGGAUGGGAAUAGAGACAACGAAGAUGGUGAUAGUAGUGGUAGUUGCGGUAAUGGUUGUCCAGAGAG